AUGGCAAGAACAGUUUCUUCUCUUUUUUUCUCGCUCUGCAUAAUCGCAUCACUACUACUUUCCCAAGCCUCGGCUAGCUCAGAGCAGGAGGCGGUGGGGUGGCUUAUGCCGAUGAUGAGAUCCGGUUGCAAAGGAACGAUUGCCGAGUGUCUAUCCGACACAGAUGAAGAAUUCGAUCUGGAUUCCGAGGCCAACCGGCGUGUCCUAGCCACUCGCCGCCGCUACAUCAGCUACGGCGCGCUCCAGAGGAACAGAGUGCCCUGCUCCCGCCGCGGCAACUCCUACUACAACUGCCGUCCUGGCGCUCAAGCCAACCCCUACACCCGCGGCUGCUCCGCCAUCACUCGCUGCAGGCGUUAA